AUGCCCGACUCAGACGACGCCCUCCUAGCCCGACUAAACGCCCUGCGAAAGUCUCCCGUCACACUAUCCAAGACAACCUCUCUCGACUUCCCAUCAACACCACAACGAACCACAGACUCAGACCUAUCGGCGCGAUUCCGCAGCCUGACGCCCAAUAGCACCAUCGCAUCCCCACUUCAAAAACCAGAAGACACAGAGCACAACGAGGAAGAUGACAGGACCAUUGAAGAGUUGUUGCAAGAUCUAGGGCCGGAAGAACAAUGGUCUGUUCAGCGUGACGAGGGCGAGCGGAUUCGCGACUUGAUGGCUGAAGCCAAGAGUGCUCUACCCGUAGAAGACACAGAGAAAGAGCAGGGCAAAGACGUGGAUAUUGAAGUCGGAGUCAUUGAACCAGAACACGAUGACGAAGACGACGAGGACAAAGAGCGCGAUGAAGACAAGAGAGAUGACGAGGAAGCCGGUGAUUACGUGCAGCGCGUACUCGCCGAGCUCGCGCUGGAGAACAAGUAUGGCGGUCCUGAAGACGAGGAAGACGCAGAUGGUGGCAAGAUGGAAGAUGAUGAUGAUGGACUAUCUCUACCUUCAGCGCCUACCGAGCUACCGUUAUCACCUGCCCCUGACCAGGACGCCAAUAUUGAUGAUGCGCUCUCGGCUCGUUUUGCUUCUCUGUCGCUACCUGGAGUGCCUUCUUUCAAUCCGGCGAAGAAGCCUGUCAAUAUUCAAAAGAGCGUCAAGUCCAACCUGCCCAGAUACACGGAUGAAGAUAUGGAAAGCUGGUGCUGCAUCUGUAACGAAGACGCCACUGUAAAAUGCGUGGGUUGCGAUGGUGAUCUAUACUGCCAGGAAUGCUGGAGAGAUGGGCACGGAACCGGAUCUGGUCAAGAGAGAGGUCACAGAGCACUUGCUUACGCCAAAGACGCGUCUUGA